AUGAAUUAGGCUGAGGACUUUAACAUUGCAUAACAUUUAGAUAAUGGACCAGCUAAAGACAGAAAGUGUACUGAUGUCCUUUUCUACAUAUUAUUUGUUUUAUUCUUGAUUUCUAUGAUGGGAUGCUCUAUUUAUGGGUAUAAAAAUGGAUAACCAGGAAAGCUUUUUGCUCCAUUAGAUUCAGAUGGGAAUAUAUGUGGCUAUGAUCCUAAUUAUUUGGACUACAAAUAUAUGUUCAUUUGGGACAUCGAUUAAGCUUCCAAGGAACCAAGCAAUUUGUUUGAUAGUGCUGUUUGUGUCAAGAAGUGCCCAAAUAGAGUUAAAUAUGGUGAUUAUAUUGUUGAUUGCAAAGAAACUGAUUAUUUGAGAGGCAAAGAAAAGAAAUGUAGUGGAUUCCCUGUGGAAUAUGACUCAAAGGCUUACGUCAGUUAUUACUGUAUUCCAGAUCAAGAUGAUUUGCCAGAAUAUAUUAAGGACAAUAUAGCAAAUUUACUUGACGCGAUCGCUGCUGAUUAACUUGGUCAUCAGGUAGCUGAUAUUGGAAUUUGCGCUAGAGUUAUCGCUAUAUCUUGGGCAUCUAUAUUACUUAUUUUAGUGUCGCUAGUUGGAAUUGGAAUUUAUUCCUAUAUUAUCUCUAAUUCAUAUCCGACUACUCUGAAGUAUGUUGCAUUAGGAGUCUGGAUUCUGGCAUUAUUUUAUGUCCUCGCACUCAUUUGCUUAAGGUCUAGCUUGCAAGUAUCCUUAGCAGUCCUUGAAGCUGCUUCUGAUUUCGUUGGAAGCAAUCUUAGAAUUGUCUUAGUGCCAGUUUUAUUCUUUAUCCUUAACAUCAUUGUGAUAAUUUGUUGGAUAGCAGGAGUACUUACUGUAUUCUCAGUCGGUGAUAUUGAUAAUGGCCCAGAGGGUACUUAGUAUAAGACUGUCAAGUGGAGUUAAAGUACUAGAAAUAUGAUUUAUUUUAUGUGCUUCGGAAUUCUAUGGAUCACAUCCUUCUUGAUAGCAGCCUCUUAAUUUGUGAUUAUCGUUGCAUGUUCAACUUGGUAUUUUUCUCAUGGUUCAGAUACCAAAGGAAACUCAAAAAUUUCUUCUGGCUUUGGAUGGAUCUUGAGAUAUCACGCAGGAUCAAUAGCUUUUGGUUCGUUUAUUAUUGCAGUGGUUUGGCUUAUUAAAAUUAUUUUCGAAUUUAUUGCAAAAAGAGUCAAGCAAACUGGCGGUAAUUUAAGUUCAGCAGUAAGAUGUAUGAUUUGCUGUUGCAGAUGUUGUUUGGAUUGUGUAGAUCGUUUCAUUAAGUUCAUAAAUAGAAAUGCUUACAUCCAGAUUGCUUUAUCCUCUGAAAAUUUCUGUGUCUCAGCAAUGAAUGGAUUUCUUUUAAUUAUUAAGCAUGCCGGGAAAUUUAGCUUAGUGGCUGGUAUCGGUAAUAUUUUCAUGGUAUUGGGGAAAAUGACGAUUGCAUCAUUAACCUGUCUAUUUGGUUUCUUGAUUAUUGAGAACUGGGAAGAGAUACAUGAGGCUCUUGAUUCUCCAGUUAUGCCACUUGCUGUUAUUUUCCUAAUCGCUUACUUCGUCGGUGCAGUUUUUAUUAGUGUGUUCGCUACUUCUUCUAAUACAAUUCUUCAAUGCUUUUUGGUAGACCUAGAUAUUUCAUAGCAACAAGGAAGAGAAGGAGCUUCUCAUAGACCUCCAGCUCUUGAGAGCUUUGUUUAUAUAGCAAAGAAAGAUGGAUCAUUUGCGAAUAAGAAUUAAAUGAAAUGA